AUGAUAAAAAAUAAUGGAAAUGGCAAUAGCAAUAAAAAAUUCAAUUUAUAUAAUAUAAAUCCCUUCAGAAAGAAAGAAAACGCAAACUGUAGUGAAAAUAGAAGGGCUACAGAUCCCACUAUUAAUGAUACAAAUUUAAACAAUUCUAAUAAAGUAACUCCUAAAAAUAUAGGUAAUAACCAUAAUGACCUUUCUUUAAAACAAUUGACUGUUAUAAGCACAGAUGGAGCAUCUUCGAUGGACCUAAGGUCUAACAACGAUAUUAGCGAUGUCAUCAUAGAAGAACCUCAGAGUGGGGGGGAAAUGACAGAAUUAAACAAUAAUAAUAAUAAUAAUAGUAAUAACGACAAUGAUUUUGAUAGAAACUCUUCCAUUAAUAAUAUGAUAAUACUGACAACCCCAACGAAAAAUGAUAUCAAUCGUGUAACUUUACAAGAUAUUGAAAAAGAAUUAUCUAGUACCUCUUCAGUACCAUCCUCUGCAUAUAGUGUUUUUUCUAAAAGGCAAAAGCAGAUUAUAUUUUCUGUAAUAAUUUAUUGUGGAUUUUUAGGUCCUGUGUCAGGUAAUAUUUACAUCCCAGCAUUACCAUAUUUACGAAAUGCUUUCCAUGUAAAUACAACCACUAUUAAUUCAACAGUCUCUGUAUUUAUGGCUGUUUUUUCUGUUGCACCAUUAUGUUGGGCAAUGUUUUCUGAUUUUGGUGGUAGAAAAUUCUUAUACACCAUUUCUCUUAUAAUUUCUAUUAUAGCUAAUAUUCUUUUGGCAGCAGUACCUGCCAAUAUUGGUGCACUUUUUGUAUUAAGAAUUAUUCAAGCUAUUGGAUCAAGUAGUGUUAUGUCGAUGGGCGCUGGCACUGUACGCGACAUUGUUGAUUUAAGGCACAGGGGUAAAGCUAUUUCUUAUUUCAUGUUGGGUCCCAAUUGUGGACCUAUUUUAGCACCCAUUAUCGCUGGCCUAAUUUUAAUGAGAGGUAGCGAUAAAUGGAGAUGGCUAUUUGGUAGUCUAACAAUUUUCACCUUUAUUGGAUUACUCAUGGUUCUUUUGUUACUACCAGAAACGCUAAGAUGUAUUGUUGGCAACGGUGAUAAAAAGUGGAUUCAAGACCCACAUAUUCAAAGGAAAAAUCAAAAUAAGCUAUUGUAUUAUUUAGGAAGAAGAUUGCCCGUUAACCAGUCCCCUGAAUUUCAGGAACUAUAUCCAAGGCCUCCAAAACCAAGUUUGAAAACGUAUUACACUUUAUUAAAAAAUCCAAGAGUUACAAUUUGUUCAAUUAGUACAGCAAUCAUGUUUGCUAUCUACUAUGGAUUUAGUAUUACAUUUUCCUAUAAUUUACAAAAUUAUUACCAUCUAUCUAAUUUAGCGGUAAGUGCCUCAUACUGCUGUCCAGGCAUCGCCUUAUUGGCUGGUUCUAUAAGUAGCGGGCAUAUAAGUGAUUUUUAUAGACAAAGGUGGUUAAAAAGACAUCCGAAUGUAAAAAGUUUCCCUAGUGAAAGAAGGUUAAUUUUACAGAUAUUCGGGUUGAUAAUAAGUUGCUGUGGUUGUAUUGGAUAUGGUUGGAGUAUUGAAAGACAUAAAAAAUUAAUUAUCGUUUAUGUUUUUUCCUGCCUUUGUGCAUUUGGUAUGACUUGGUGUUCUAACGCUUCUUUGACAUAUUUAACAGAAACUAUGCCCAGGCAAGCAGCUUCCACAGUAGCAAUUAAUAGCUUUUUUAGGAACAUUGCUGCGGCACUAAGUUCCGUUAUUAUUCAUAAACUAACUGUAGAAAUGGGAGUUGGCUGGUGCUUCACAGGAUUGGGCUUAUCUGCUUUAAUAUCUGUGGUUGGUGUCUUGUAUUUAAUUAUUAGAUAUAAGACACCAUCUGUGUGUGAAAAAUAA